AUGGGGAUGUUGUACACAGUGUGGACUGCCCUGUGGGUCACCUGGAAUGUUUUCAUUAUCUGCUUUUAUUUAGAAGUAGGCGGACUGUCUAAGGACACCGACCUAAUGACAUUUAACAUCUCAGUGCACCGGUCUUGGUGGCGGGAACAUGGACCAGGCUGUGUACGGAGAGUGCUACCACCUUCAGCUCAUGAGAUGAUGGAUGACUACACUUAUGUGUCCGUGACGGGCUGUGUUAUCGACUUUCAAUACCUGGAGGUCAUUCACAGUGCCAUCCAAAUACUGCUCUCUUUGAUUGGCUUUGUGUAUGCCUGUUAUGUGAUCAGUGUUUUCAUGGAGGAAGAAGACAGCUUUGACUUCAUAGGUGGACUUGACACACACUCCUAUCAUCAGUCCCCCCAGGAUCAUGUUGAAUUAAAGCCUGUUAAACCUACAAGUUUACUGGAGGACAUCAGAUCAGAUGAUCAGGUGAUCAAUCAGAUUCUUGUCUACUUUCCUCGUCAGUUGGCAAUGUAA